UUUAUCUCCAGCCUCCAAAACCCUAAAACGCUCGCUCGGCUCAUCGCGCACUCUCUCCCUCUCUCUGCUCGAGCCUCUCUCUCUGCUACCCUCAAAGCUCUCCCAUCCGCAGAUCUGAAAUCGGAGUUGCGAGAUUUUCCGCGAGGCAAUGGCUCUGGUUCUGCACGCCACGAGAAACAAAAAUGUCUACAAGACACUCAUUGCUGCAGAAUACACUGGUGUGAAAGUUGAAUUGGCGCCGAAUUUUGAGAUGGGUGUUUCAAAUAAAACACCCGAGUUUAUCCAGAUGAACCCUAUUGGAAAGAUCCCUGUGUUGGAAACACCUGACGGCCCUGUCUUCGAGAGCAAUGCUAUUGCACGCUAUGUGUGUCGGUUGAAGGCGGACAAUCCCUUGUACGGAUCUUCUCUGAUUGAUUAUGCUCAUAUUGAACAAUGGAUUGAUUUCUCAUCUCUGGAAGUUGAUGCCAACCUUAUUAAUUGGUUUAGACCGAGAAUGGGACGGGCAGUGUACCUUCCUCCAGCUGAGGAAGCUGCAAUUGCUGCCUUGAAGAGGGCAUUAGGUGCUUUGAAUGUGCAUCUAUCGUCCAAUACCUACUUGGUUGGGCACUCUGUGACAUUGGCUGACAUUAUAUUGACAUGCAACUUGUUCAUGGGAUUCACCCAUCUUAUGCCCAAGAGCUUUACCUCAGAGUUCCCUCACGUAGAGAGGUACUUCUGGACCAUGGUUAAUCAGCCAAAUUUCAAGAAGGUAUUAGGAGAGGUGAAGCAAACUGAAGCUGUUCUACCAAUCCAAUCUGCAAAGAAGCCUGCCCAGCCAAAAGAGGCAGCUAAACCAAAGCCCAAGGAAGAGCCAAAGAAGAAGGAAGCUCCAAAAGAGCCCAAAGCAGAAGCUGCUGAUGAGGAAGAGGCACCCAAGCCGAAGCCAAAGAAUCCUCUAGAUCUCCUGCCUCCGAGUAAGAUGAUAUUGGAUGAGUGGAAGAGACUCUAUUCUAAUACCAAGACCAACUUCCGUGAAGUUGCAAUUAAAGGAUUCUGGGACAUGUAUGAUCCGGAGGGAUACUCACUGUGGUUCUGCGAUUACAAGUACAAUGACGAGAACACCGUUUCUUUCGUCACCAUGAACAAAGUGGGCGGAUUUCUGCAACGUAUGGACCUUUGUCGCAAGUAUGCAUUUGGGAAGAUGCUGGUGAUUGGGUCGGAGCCACCUUUCAAGGUGAAGGGUCUGUGGCUUUUCCGUGGUCCAGAAAUCCCGCAGUUUGUGAUUGAUGAGUGUUAUGACAUGGAGCUCUAUGAGUGGAAGAAGGUCGACAUCUCAGAUGAGGCGCAGAAGGAGCGCGUUAGCCAGAUGAUUGAGGAUCAGGAGCCUUUUGAGGGAGAGGCCCUGUUGGAUGCCAAGUGCUUCAAAUGAUUGAGGGAAGGGGAGGGCCCCAAGUGAUCUGAUCUACACUUUUUGCCGUAUCUUUUUUCCCCGCUUUUAACUUUUGAUUGAUUUGGGUAGAGUCUGUACUUGCAGCCUGAACAAAAACUUAAGUAAUAGCAAUUUGUCAUUUGAGUGACGAUACUCAUUUAACUUAUCCUCGUGGAUGUCUACUAGGAUGUUAAGUAUGUAUCGUUUACUUUUGGGGUGUUGUGGACCACUGCUUAAUACGAAGAUGUAGUGAAACGUGUGCCUUUCAGAUUUUAA